GUGUUUCUCCAUGUUCUCUGACAGCGCCGACCAGUCAUAAUCGGAAAUCGAUUGUUGGUUGUACCGAUGUAGAUGUAGAUGUAGAAGUAACAAAGGAAUGCCUUUUUUCUUUUUGCGAGACUGUGUAUACAAUACAGCAUGACUCGUAUAAUCUCAACCUCCGUGCAGGAAUAUUGUCAAUCUGUACCGAUAAGGGGAGGUAACACUGUGUUGGAGUUUGGGAUAAUCUUUGUAUAGAUCUACUAGAAGUUUUAAAAACAAUAUUUUUGCAAAUGUGGGCGAAAUACUGUUAAAAGAAAAUACAAAACAAGACGCAUAAAAUAAUAAUAAAAAAACAAACAAUUCUAAAGAGACGUGUUUAUUAUAUCAUGAUUCUAUUCACUACUUCUCGUAUUGGAUUUAUCUUUGAAACAGCCUCUGGGCUUCUCUGCAUAACUACAUUAUAUAUCACAUAGAGCUAUGCUAGUCUAGUCAAUAGUCAAUGUGGACGGUUUAGUCUAUGAUCUAUAUAAAAUAAUAGUACGACAGUGUUUCAUGAUGAGUGUUUUAAGCAGAAUAAAGAGGGUAAUAACUGGAGUAACUUUACAAGAAAGAUACGAAGCAGCUAUGGUGUUGAGCGGUGUAGGAGAUGCUCUGGGUUACAAGAACGGUAUCUGGGAGUUCUGCCACUACGGAGAAGAAAUUCACGAGGAACUGGAAGACUUGGGUGGUUUGAACAAAAUUAAAGUGUCGUUACCAGACUGGAAGGUCAGUGAUGAUACAGUGAUGCAUAUGGCGACGGCGGAGGCCCUUAUAGAGUGGUUUGAUUUGACAAACACGGACGGCGUAAGCUCAGAGCCACAGGAACAACUGUACUUAAAAUUUGCCGCGAAAUAUAAAGAAUGUUUGCAUGACAUGAAAGGGAGAGCACCAGGUGCCACUUGUGUGGGUUCUUGCGGUCUUUUAAAACCGGACGAAAGUGGCGGCUAUAUUAUUCCAUUCAAUAAGAAAGGUGGUGGUUGUGGCGCUGCUAUGAGGGCUAUGUGUAUUGGAUUGUUUUACCCACAUCCUGAAGACCUUGAAAAUCUCAUCACAGUUAGUGUUGAAUCGGGACGUAUGACACAUCAUCAUCCUACUGGGUACCUAGGGGCUCUUACCACAGCCUUGUUCACGUCAUAUUCAAUCCAAGGGAGACCAUUGAAAGAGUGGGGAGCGGGUUUAAUGGAAACACUGCCGAAAGCGCUUGAAUACAUCAAAGAAAGUAAAAUUGAUGUGGAACAAAAUGUAGAAGCUUGGGACUACUUCACGAGGCAGUGGACAAAGUAUCUGCAACUUCGGGGUAUAUCUGACGGCAAAAGUUCUCCGAAGUUCCCAAAAAACUUUGGGGUUAAAGAACGCGAUGCGUUCUACAGCUCCAUUGGUUAUAUGCGUGGCGGUUUUGGCGGGAAAAGUGGUCAUGAUGCCCCUAUGAUUGCGUACGAUUCGUUGCUGGGCUAUAACGGCUCGUGGCCAGAUCUAUGUAACAGGGCUAUGUUCCAUGCUGGAGACAGCGACAGUACAGGUGUUAUCGCUGCGUGUUGCUAUGGUGCUAUGUUUGGAUAUAAAGGUGUCAACAAAAACAACUACAUAAAUCUAGAAUAUCGAGAGCGUCUGAGGGGACUCGGUGAGAAGUUGUAUAGAGUAAGCCACCCAGACAAAUUUAAGAAACAGCAAACGAAAGCAGAAGAUAAUACAGGGUCUUUACCCAAACCUUCGACAAGUAAAAGUAGUGAUGAAUAAAAGAAAUGAAGUUGCAAAUCACGGUGAUUCAGGUAGGCCUACUCAGUUCAAAAGACAUUGUGUCGUGAAAUAUAAAAAGGUAGUAGAUCUGUCUGUAUGAUUUGAAAG